UUAAUAUUUAAUAUAUGUCAGUCAAAGUCAAGGACGAAGGAAGUGCUACAAAAUAUGAGCACUAAAAUGAAAUAUUUAUUAAAUUAGCAAUACACAUGUAACAGAAACUGUGCGUAAAUUAAUUGAAAAAAUUUAAAAUGGAACUUCCCUAUGAGAUUUUAGUGUAUUUAUUAAGAUUUCUCCCAAAAUCUGAUCGAAAAUCAGCGAGUGAAACAUGUCGUUCGUGGUAUAUAGCAGCAAAUGAUCAACAUUUUCUGAAAAACAAAGUAGUUAUAUUUUAUAAAUCAGUAAUUAAUGAUGAAAACUCAUCACCAAUCCAAAUAUUUGAAAAUUCUUUUACAUCAUACCAUAACUUUUUUUUCAACGAAGUCGAAUUAUCAAGCAAGUUAAAUGAUUUUUGGAUCAAAAUAGGAGAAAACAUAAAAUGUUUAUCUCUGACAAGCUGUGAUGUAAAUGAAAAGGUAUUUGUUCAUAUUUUACAAAAUUGUACUAAUUUAAAAGAGCUGCACAUUAAGAGUUGCAAAGAACUAUUUAUGUCUGGUCGAUUGCUUGAAGGAAAAACAGAAGGUCUUUUAGUUACUAAACUUGAACAUUUGAAAUGUCUCAGCUUAUCUGGAAAUCAGUACUUAACUGAUGCUUUAUUUAAUAGAUUUAUAUCAGCAUCUCCUGGAUUAGAGGAACUUAAUCUAUCUGGAUGUUCUCUACAAUUUCAUCUAGGUCUUGUCAAAAAGUUCUAUCCAAAUGGAACAGACAUUUUUCAGAAUCCAUCAGAGAGUGUUUUAACUUUUCAUUUUAUUCAUCAAAUGAUAAUCUCCAGAGCUGACAAAAUAAAACGACUGUUGUUUUCUAAUACACUAAUUGAUGGUGCUGCUCUUAAAACUUUAUCAGAGAUAAAAAAUCUUCAAUUAGAAUCACUGGAAGUGCAUGCUUGUGAUCAACUCACUAAUACAGGCAUUUUAUCACUUACAAGCCACCAGAUCUUCUUAAAGGAACUUGAUAUUGGACUGUGUACUAGAGUUACAGAUCAGUCCCUUGUAUAUAUUUGUAAAAAUCUAGUCAACUUAGAAAACCUCAAUAUUCAAAGAUGUCGAGCUGUGACUGAUUUAGGUAUUGCAGAGUUGGGUAAAUUAAUUAAAUUAAAAUCAUUAAACAUCUCUCAGUGCGAACUGUUGACUAAGGAUGGAUUAUGUAAAGGUAUAUGUGCUGAAGUAAAUGUGGUAUUAGAAGAUUUAGAUAUACAUUCUCUAAAUUUAGAUCAAACAGGCCUCAUAAUGAUCUCUGAAAAAUUACCAAACUUACGUGCAUUAGACUUGAGUUAUUGUUUUAAUGCAGUUACUGAUACAUCAAUCCAAGUAAUAUUUAAGAAUCAAGCAUUUCUUAAAGUAUUAAAAAUUAGCCACUGUGAUAAAGUCUCUGAUGCUGGUUUAACUGGUAUGGGGAAAAUAGAAACUGAAACAAAUGAUGAUGGACCGAUAGAAUCCAAUUAUAAUACAGAACCAACAUUACCAAGGAUAUAUUUAGGAUCCAGAGCCGAAGAAGAGAUUGUUCGUGAUGCCAAACGCAAGCGUGAUGUAAUGCGUAUGUGUGAGAAGAUAUCAACAAAUUCCUAUACGGGCUAUUCACUUGCAAGGCUCAAGGGUCUGCGUGAUUUGGAUUUGAGUGGAUGCAACAGAAUUACAGAUGUUAGCCUUACUUAUGCCUUUAAUUUUAAAGAACUUAUCAAUUUGAACAUUAGCAGAUGUCAACAAAUAACACACCAAGGUGUUGAGCAUUUAGUUAAGAAUUGUCAGAGUAUUGAAUAUAUCAAUCUCAAUGACUGCUAUAACUUAAAUGAUCAUGCUGUCAAAGAAAUUGUUCAACAAUUGAAAAGGUUAAAACAACUGGAAUUAAGGGGAUGCAAUCAAUUAACAGACAAGACACUGGAAUAUGUCCGAUCUUAUUGCGAGAAAUUAAAAUUUUUGGAUGUACAAGGCUGCAGGAAUAUGUCACCAGAACUUGCUUGCUCUAUUGGAAGUUUACCUACCCUCCACACUGUGUUGAUGACCAAACCUGGACCAUAUGUAACAGAUGAUGUAAAGCAACGUUCGCCUGCACCAGCAUUCCUUCCUGCCUUAAUGAGAAAACUUCGUUUACACUAAAACCUUCAAGAGAUCUUAUUUAAAGAUUUUUAAAACAUGUUGUAUUAUGUGUAAGAUAUUAAUUACUAAAAUUGCUUUUAAAAAUGAAUGAGUGGAUUAUAAAAGUAUACACUACACAAUAUUACUCUGUCAGAAAAGUACCAGGAAAAGAUCAAUAAUGUGGUGGUUGCUGUGGUGGUGUUUGCUCGAUGGUUUUUUGCAGUUUUUGGUCAAAAAUUCAUUCACAAUGCGAAAGUGCAUUUAACAUGGUGCAAAAUCCAAGAAUUUUCUUUUCACAAAUCUGGCCCUUUUCGCUGAAUUUGCUCUAUUUAACGCCCCUUAUGGUUCAAAUAUUAUUCUUUAUUUACCGCUUGACCUUCCGGCAAAAAUUCCGAGUGCACAGCAUCGCGAUAGUCAAAAAAAACAUCAACGUGACUUGAUUGACUUUGGCGUAGUUUGUUAGUGGUCUUUUGGAACUAGCCGAGCGGCAACAUGUUUCAUACCCGAGUGAUUGCGGUAUUUAAAAUGGUACGGAUCGGCUCAUGAGUUCGGAGGCUAUCUCUUUCAAACUUAAUGGUUUUGAGUCACAAUUACCUUCACCUUUGCGAUGUUAAGUUCAAUUGUAAACGUUCGUGGCCUAACAGAGCGAGGAAAAUCUGUCAUUAUACUAGACCGAUUUUGAACGCUUUGUACAACUCAUAAGCACGUGUCUUUGAAGGCUAUUCAAAGUCUUCCGUAACAUUUUCAGUGAUUCCGUACAUGAAUUUUCAUUUGCGAUACAAAAUUUUAGGGAAAAUCUAUGUUCUAGGUUUUUGUUCAUUAUGAAAUUCGCAAUACACAUUUGAUGUGAUGUGACUAUAAACAGCACUGUACUUAUUCUAAAUAACUAUGCAACACGCCACGCCAAACAGUUGUGCCAAUUUAAUCUAAAUUUUAGCAACAACAAAAAUAACAAAAACCUGAAUUCGGAACCAUAAACAAAUGCAUCUAUUUCCGAUACUUUUUUGACUGAAUGUACUUUGGGUUUGUGCCCAGCACAUUAUAAUUUAAGCGUCUCAAGCAAUAGGUCUCUACCGCUACUGUGUUUUGGAUCUGCUGCUGAGAAUACCUACGAUACUUUGUUAGCAAGGCUUGACAAUGUUAAUGGUAGAUGACGAUUGCGUGCAGCUUGAUGAAUUUUCUAAUAAAAAACCACCAAUGAUGUGAUUAAAUGAAAAUAUAUUAUUUACUUUAUGUACAUUUGUAAAUUAAUAUUUAUUUGGAAAAUAGGUUUACACAUUUUGUUUGAUGCUUGUAUAAAAUGUAAGCUUAAAAUGAUUUUAUAUUUACAAGUGAAAUCAAAGUGUAUCUGUGAUAAAAUAUCCCUUGCAAGUACAAAAUUGAAUAUAUACUAAUAAAAUGAAACUAAAUGGUAAAA